AUUUUGUCCCCUUCGCUGUCCAUCUUUCUCACACUUUCUCCCUCCUAUCUUUUAUUGAAAAGUAAUUUAUCUUUUUACCCAAAAUUAUCGAAAGCAUUUAUCACGAAAGACAGUAGUAGUGGUGGUUGUUGUGUAACCGUAAAAAGUCCCAUAAUGUUGUUUGUUUGCAGUAAAAGAAAGUAAUUAUGAAUAAAUUUACAGCCUCUCUUAAUUUUGAAGAUUUGUUUGGCUCAUUCUAGUCACUUUCUGAUAUCCAGAACAGCGGUAAGUUCAGCAAGUGGGAAUGGGAGAAGAAACAUGUGAAGAUUGCAGAAGCUGGGAAGAGGAACUGUAUUGGACCCAUUUCCAGUGCACCCAUUUUUCGCAGAUUCUCGAUGCUGGUUUUGGUCAUCAUCUUCCGAUCCCUGAAAAAUUUUCUAAUCAUUUGAAAAAGAAAUUGCCCGAAAAUGUAAUUCUUAAAGGUCCUAGUGGCGGUACUUGGCAAGUUGAACUGACCACAGAUGAUGACACCAUGUUCUUCAAAAAUGGCUGGGAAGAAUUUGUAAAGGACCAUUUUCUGGAAAAAGAUUUGUUGAUCUUCAAGUACAACCGGGAGUCAUGUUUUGAAGUUCUAAUUUUUGAUGGACAAAGCUUGUGUGAGAAGGCAGCUUCAUAUUUUGUCAGAAAAUGUGGGCACCGAGAACGUGACAGUUUUGUCCAUGCAAAGAGGAAAACUGUAGAAGAUUCUGCUGAAGUUACUAUUGCCUGCCCCCAGGAUAGUCUUGGAGGCACUGCAGAGAAAUCUGCAAAUGAUUAUAUUUACAAAACACCUGUAGAAAACACUGUUAUCUCAGAAGCUAUUAAUAAAAAGACUCGGAGGGAAAUCAAGUUUAGUAAGCCGACCCAAACUAGGCAGAGUGUGAGAUAUGAAGAACCUUCUUCUACUGAUGAGGAAACAGAAACUAAACCUGAUGUUGAGCAUAUACCUAUCAACGCGCCAUAUGUAUCAAGUAGAAGGAUGGUAACAGAGGAAGACAAACUCAAUGCAUUGCGGUUAGCACAAACAGCACAAUCCAACGAGGGCUUCGUAGUGGUUAUGAAACCAACACAUGUAUACAGGAAAUUUUACAUGGUAAUCCCUUCAGGAUGGGCGAAUAGAUAUUUCAGAACUCUGGAAAAGAAAGACGUGAUUCUUCGCAUGAAAGAAAAUACGCGGAACACCAAAUUUUUAUAUUGUAAAUCUAAGAACAGCGGAGGGCUUUCUUCUGGGUGGAGGAAUUUUGCUUUGGAUAACAAAUUACAGGAGUUUGAUGUGUGCCUUUUUGAACCUAGCAGCGCAGUGAACAAUUCUAUUGUCUUCGAUGUUAGUAUCUUUCGUGUUCUCUAGCGACCUUGAAGGUCAUUUGUGAAUCAUCAAGGGAUGAAGCUAGGCACACUGGUCAUCUACCCAAAUCUUUUUAUGAUUUGAGUUGUUGACUAAUGUAGAGAUUUAGCUAAACUUCCGAGUGUUGUAAGCUAUAACAAUUGCUGACUUGUCUCCGAGUUGGCGUAAGGCUAUUACAACUCA